GGCUCUGGCUGAGGGCGGUGGGGCCGGGGGACAGCCCGGGGCAGCGGCCGAAACGGCAGGGCGGCGGCAGAGCCCGCUGCCCCCGGACGCCCCCGGCGACAUGCUGGCAGAUAACCUGGUGGAGGAGUUUGAGAUGGAAGAUGAGCCCUGGUACGACCACCGAGACCUCCAGCAAGAUCUCCAGCUUGCUGCUGAACUCGGAAAGACACUGCUGGAUCGGAACACAGAGCUGGAGGAUUCUCUUCAGCAGAUGUACACAACCAAUCAGGAGCAGUUACAGGAAAUUGAGUAUCUGACCAAGCAGGUGGAGCUUCUACGGCAAAUGAAUGAGCAGCAUGCAAAAGUGUAUGAGCAAUUAGAUGUCACAGCACGAGAACUGGAGGAAACCAACCAGAAGCUGGUUUCUGAGAGCAAGGCCUCCCAGCAGAAAAUCCUGAGCCUGACUGAAACAAUUGAAUGCCUACAAACCAACAUUGAUCACCUCCAGAGCCAAGUGGAGGAGCUGAAAUCUUCCCACCAAGGAAGAGGGAGGCAGAAGGCAUGUGACCAGGAGAAACCAGCACCCAGCUUCUCCUACCUGAAAGAGCUCUAUGACCUCCGCCAACACUUUGUAUAUGACCAUGUGUUCGCUGAGAAGAUCACUUCCUUGCAAAGCCAACAAAGCCCUGAUGAAGAAGAAAACGAGCACCUGAAAAAGGCAGUGACGAUGUUGCAGACGCAGCUGAGUCUAGAGAGGAAGAAGCGAGUGAGCGUGGAGGCCGAGUAUAAAGUGGUGCUGAAGGAGAACAGCGAGCUGGAGCAGCAGCUGGGGGCCAUAGAUGCCUACCGAGCCCGGGCACUGGAGCUGGAGGCGGAGGUGGCUGAGAUGCGGCAGAUGCUACAGACCGAGCAUCCUUUUGUGAACGGUGUUGAGAAGCUGGUACCCGACUCUCUGCUCGUUCCUUUCAAGGAGCCCAGCCAGAGUCUGCUGGAGGAGAUGUUCCUGGCUGCUCCAGAAGCACAUAGAAAACCACUGAAACGCAGCAGCAGUGAGACGAUGCUCAGCAGCUUGGCAGGGGGUGACAUCGUGAAGGGCCACGAGGAGACUUGCAUCAGGAGAGCUGAGGCUGUGAAGCAGAGGGGCAUCUCCCUUCUGCAUGAAGUGGACACUCAGUACAGCGCUCUGAAAGUGAAGUAUGAAGAGCUGCUCAAGAAGUGCCAGCAGGAGCAGGACUCACUGUCACACAAGGCUGUGCAGACCUCUAGGACCAGGGACCUGACAGGACUGGCCACCCAGUGUGAGGCUGGAGCCAGUGGCUGGGACCCCAGCCCUGUAACCCCAGAGCCCAUCAGUUCCCCCACCACUGCACCUCCAGAAUACAAAGCACUAUUUAAGGAGAUAUUUAGCUGCAUCAAUAAAACAAAGCGGGAAAUAGACGAACAGAGAACAAAAUACCCAUCUCUCUCCUCUUACUCUUAACGAGACCUCCAGUUGUAAUCUGCGUGUUUACUCUCACCCCUCUCCCAUUCAGACACAUAAGAACAGUCUCCAAAGCUUGAUGCUGCUAAUGACAUUUGCCUUGUUGCUUUGCUUGCUUGGCAAAAGCAGGAAAAGAGGUGGCUGAUAGUGUUGACUCUAGGGUCCCUAGGAAAUCUCGUGAUAGCCUGGCCUCUGGUUGGGGCAUUGACUAAGCUGAUUUCCAGCAAAGGGCCCAGAACUAGUGGAGGGAGGUUCCUAUAGUACUUGGGAGUAGGCUGCGGUACCUACAGUGUGGGGCAAAGGACAGAACUGGAGCAAAACUAAGGCUGUUCCUGUUGUUUUCAUAUUCAGCUUUUCAAACUACUUGGAGCUCCAAUGGCUACCUAACUAAAAUCCUUUUCACAAACACUGUCGUUCUGAGGAAUGUUGAGAAGGCAAGAAUCUAACCUGAAAUAGAUGGCGUUAACAAGCUCCUUAAGCCCUCUAAUUUGUGUUGCAUCGCCUACCAGUUGAAUGAUGAUUGACAGGUAAUUCCAAUAUAUCCAGAUUCAAAUGAAUAGCAGUCGAAAUGGCAAGUUUUGGUUUGAUCAGAGCCUGUUGGUAUAUGCCCGCAUUCAGCUGUUUUACCCAAAGCUAGGCGUGUAAGAGGAACUCAGUUUUCAAGGGGAAACCAAAGGGGAAAGCUGCUAGGUGUGAUUUGCACUGGCCACUUGGCAGCCACAAGCUGCUGCUCCUCAGCUCCU